AUGGCGGACCUUCUGUAUAAACACAGGGAUCCCUUCACUAUUGUGCUCAUCCUCGCCUACGUCAGCACAUUUAUUGUUGGAUUUCUCGAACCAUACUUGUCGCGUCAAAAAUUUUUUUUUUUUCUGAAUAAGACUGUCCAUGUUUUUCUCAGUUUCCCUUUGUUUCCUUCCAGUGACUGGAUUUACGGCGAAACCCUGUGCAAGAUGAGUCCAUUUCUACAAAGUACAGCGGUGGCGGUCAGCGUUAUGUCCAUGCUGUCAAUCUCCAUCAACCGACAUUUCGCCAUUCAUGUUCCACUCCGCGCCAAAAUCCUUUUCUCGAGAAGCCGUGUACACGUGAUGCUGGUGACCACAUGGAUCGUUAGCUUGGCGACGUCCAGCCCUCUUCUUGUGGUCAGGUCCUUAACUUCCUACGGCAUUCCAGGGGUGUUCGAGGCCCGGGCAUGUAGCGAGAACUGGAACAGCGCGCUUCUCAAGCACAGCUACAACUUGGUGGCCUUCCUGCUACUGUUUCUGUUGCCACUGACUCUCAUGAGCGUCGUCUACCUGAAGAUAUCGCUGGCACUGUGGUCCAAAAACACAGAACUGUUUGAUUUUAAACGGAAACAAACAUUCAAGCCUUCCCAGGUUGAUCGUCUGCUACUGCAACGAAGAAAGACUGUUAGGACGCUGGUCUUGUUGGUGGCCGUGUUCGCGUGCUCUUGGUUGCCCUACUAUGUGGUCAACGCUUGGUUGGACUUCAACAUCACGAGCCUGGUGGCUCUGUCUAAUUCUAGCGUCAAUCCCAUCGUCUACUGUUUCCUCAGCAGCGGGUUCAGGAGAGCGUUUAUCAAUAUGUGCUGCAGGCGGAAACUGCGGACCAGACGUGGCAUGACCUUGACUGUGAGGUACAAAUGCAGUGAGGAUAGUGGAGUUGGCAGUAUAGAGACAGCACUGUCAUAA